UACAUGUAAACCAUACUGAAUAUAACCGAAUUUAUGCAAAAUUUAAUAGAUUCAGGAAGUGAGAUAUAUACCCUUCGGAGAAAUCCAUGCUAAAGAUCACACUAGUGACUUUAUUCAUACGAGUAUAAAUACGUCCCGGCCGGUCACCGGCUGAGGCAGAGCCAGUUGGUUGGACAUUGACAUUUGGCACGCCAUCAGCAUGAGCCCUCCUCCUCCUCCUCCUCCCACCUCCUCCUCUAGAUAGGACGAAGCUAGCUGCCGCCGCCGCUCCCCCGUCCGAAACGGGCCGGGACGAUACAUGGCGCUGAUGACUGGUCGUCGUCGGGGGAGCUCGAGACGGCUGUGUUCUUCACCUUCUUCCUGUUCCCGACGAAAGAGGCCUUCCACGUACACCAAUUAUCGCUUGUACUAGCUACCACAGCAGAGAGGGGAGGGGCCCGGGCGCCCGGCCAACCGAGUUGCGCACGCAGGCUGUACGCAACCGCAGCAGCCAGGCUAAGGUGCUAGGUAGCUAGUUUGUAGAGUGCGCGCGCGCGGGGCAGGUGGCGUGUUGGCGCCGUCAUCGUACUCGUACGUACGUCUGUUCUCUCUCUGCGGAUGGUCAUCAUGGCCGGGAUGCUCCCCGGCGUGGAGUUCGCGCGGCGCCGGCGGCGGGCGUCGUCCUUGUGCCUGUACGCACCUUCUUCCAAGGAGUGGAGCAGCGCGUGCAUGGAGACGACGGCGACGGCGACUGCGCGCGCGUGGACGACGCUGGGGCUGGGCAGCGGCGCCCGGGAGGCGAAGGAGAGGCUGGAUCAGAAGCUCCGUGCCCAGAGACAACCUGUGGUGCUCAAGAGGCAUGAGAUGAGCACGAGCCCCACGAUCACCAAAGCGCACGACGACGCAACGUGCAGGUGCAGCGGUGGCCUCCACCGCCACCACUCGUCAGCGUGCAGCAGCGACACGGGCGUGCUGCUGCGGCGGGAAGUGGUGUCGUCGCCGAAACCGAACAAGAAGGGAGGAGGAGGAGGAGGGGGCCGGUUCGGCUGGUGCCGGCUACUGGCAGGCGGGCGGCGCGGGCCGCCGGCGGCAGCGGAGGCGGGGUGCGCGGUGUGCCUGGAGGAGCUCCGCGCGGGGGACGUGGUGGCGCGCCUGCCCUGCGCGCACCGCUUCCACUGGUCCUGCGCCGUGCCCUGGGUCCAGGCCGCGUCGCGGUGCCCCGUCUGCCGCGCCCACGCCCGCGUCUAGCUGCCUCAUCGGCUGCUGCUGGCCUGCACCCGCGGCGCGCCGCAUGGGAUGCGUCGUGCCUCGUGUCAAAGAGAAGGCCGCGCCAUGCACGGACGGGGAGAAGAGAACCACGAGCUAAAGCAACCAGGACAAAUAGGGAGGGGAGCCGAGGGUACUGCGUGUCUAAACAUUUUUUUUUACCCGCCUACAGAAGUAAUGCGCCCCCACUGUGUCAUGAUGUCAAAUAACAAACAUCAGGCAGUAUACCUGAAAUAGAAAUAAGAUAUGUAAUGGUGUAAAUAUAGGGGGUGUUUGGUUUCUAGGGACUAAUGUUUAGUCCCAUCAUUUUAUUCCAUUUUAGUCUAUAAAUUAUCAAAUAUAGAAACUAAAAUAGAGUUUUAGUUUCUAUAUUUGGCAAUUUUGGAACUAAAAUGGAAUAAAAUGUAGGGACUAAAAAUUAGUCCCUAGAAACCAAACACCCCCAUAUACACGCAGUUAAUCCGAACGUUGUAAAUACAGCAGAAGGUACCGUGGUACGGCAUGACGUAUUGGUAUUGACUCGCGGAGAAUUGCACAGGUAGCCACAUACUGCAUUCUCUUUCCAGGAUAUAUUAUCCAAGAAGCUAUCCCGUCUGUCCUCU